CAUUUGAUUUUCAUUGUUGAUAUUCCAAUCAAUAAUCGAUAACAAAAACAAUAAUGGAUCCAAUAAAAUUAAUGAAUUCAUCAAAUCAAUUUUAUAAUGAACCACCACAAUUAGAAGCAUUAUCAUUUUAUCCAUGGCAAAUAUUAUUAAUAUUAAUUUAUUCAUUAACAGCAUUCAUUUCAUUGGGUAGUAAUGCAUUAACAAUAUUAAUAUUAUUACGUAGUGAACAAGUAUCAACUGAAUUAUGGAAAUUUUUAUUAAAUCUAUCAAUAUCGGAUAUAACAAUGGCUUUAUUUUGUAUACCAUUCACAUAUACUAAUUAUAUGCUUGGCCGUUGGAUAUUUCCACGUUUUCUUUGUCCAAUAAUACCAUUUUUUCAGGUAACAGCUGUUUCAGUAUCAAUUUGGACAUUAACUAUUAUCGGUAUUGAUCGAUUUUUUGCCAUCAUUUAUCCAUUUCGUUCAAUGUUAUGGCUAAAACGACAUAAAGUGAUAACAAUAUAUGGUAUUUGGUUGUUUGGUGCAUUGAUUGCAUCACCACAGUUAUUUUAUUCACGUAUCGAAUCAUUUAAUUAUCGUGGUCAACAAUAUGAUGAUUGUCGUGAACAAUUUAGCUAUAAUGUUGGCCUUUUAUAUACAAUAUUUUUAUUUUUGUUCACAUUUUUUUUACCAAUUAUUGCAUUAAUAUUUGUUUAUUCAAGAAUUUGUUUACAUUUAAUUAAUAAUACAACUGUACCGGGUAAUCCUGAUCAAAAUCGAGAUAAAUAUUGUGUUAAUAAAAAAAUUAAGGUAAUCAAAAUGUUGGUUACAAUUGUUGUAUUAUUUGCAAUGUGUUGGUUUCCAAUACAUUUAUUUCAAUUAUUAGUAUGGUUUUAUCCAUCCAUACAAAAACAGAAAACAACAUUUUCCUAUUAUGUUUAUGUUGGAUCAUAUUUUCUUUGUCAUUGGUUAGCAAUGGCACAUUCAUUUGUUAAUCCAUUUGUAUAUUGUUUUAUGAGCGGAAAUUUUCGGCAGAGCUUGGGCAAAACAUUAAGCCAUUGUUGGCCAAGAUUAUUCAAUAUGAAUAAUCAAAAUUAUACAACAUCAACAACAUUGGAACCAAAUCCACAGAUUAAUAAUAAUAAUAAUAAUGAUAAUCAUCAACAACAACAACGAUUUCAUUUGUAA